AUGUUACAAAUGUUCAAUAUAACCUUUUAUUUAAACGCACGCUUAGAAUCUCCGACGGUGGGCUGCCAGUCUUUUGGAGCAAAAAAAACCCUCAAAGUUGCUCCAGAGUCUGAAGAACCACAGGCGUAUUUUGAACCAGUGGUUAAGCUCGACGAGAUUGAAGUCACGACGGGUGAAGAAGAAGAAGAGGUUCUUUUUAAACAACGUGCCAAGGUCUUUUGUUACCGUGAGACUUUGUUGGAUAAAGGUACAGGCAAGAAAUCAUGGUGUGAACGUGGUGUGGGGGAUGUACGUUUCUUAAAACACAAGGAACAUCAAAAGAUUCGUAUGCUCAUGCGUCAAGAGAAGACGCACAAGAUUUUAAUCAAUCAUUUGGUUGAAUCGCGUACGGAACUGACGCCCAAUAUGGGCAGUGAUCGUGCUUGGGUCUUUAGUUGCUAUGAUUUUGCUGAAGGUGUUGUGGAAACGCAAGUAUUUGCAUUGCGUUUUGGCAAUUCCGACAAUGCUCAAAAGUUCAAGGAGAUGCAUGAUACAGCAAAGGCAAACAACAAGAAGCUUGAAGAAGCGGGUGCGGGUGCUGAUGCUGCUGAUACAUCGGCGGGUGAUGAUGCUGCAAAAGCUCUCGAGACUUUGGAUGUCAAGAAGGAGGAAUAG